UGUAUUCAAAGCACGGACCGUCUCUUGAUUCAGCUCAUUAUUCAUCUUCGUUACUUUUUUUCUUUCUCAAAAACUAUUUCAAACCCUAGCAAGCAAGUUUUCUUCGAUCCAAUUCAUGUCGACGAUGGCGGGAAUUCAAGGCCAGGUCCUCGAGGUCACUGUGGUUGGGUGCCAGAAACUGAAAGACACGGAAUGGUUCUCAAGGCAAGAUCCGUACGUUGUCCUCGAGUACAGCGGCACUAGACACCGUACACGAACCUGCACAGAUGGUGGGAAGAACGCAGUGUUUCAAGAGAAGUUUAUGUUCACUUUGCUUGAAGGACUUAGGGAUCUUAAAGUUGCUGUUUGGAACAGCAAUACUCUCUCCACUGAUGACUUCAUUGGCAAUGCUACGAUUCAGUUGCAGAAGGUUCUUUCUCAGGGAUACGACGACUGUACCUGGACUCUCCAGUCCAAAACUGGCAGAUUUGCGGGAGAAGUAAGACUAAUUCUGCAUUAUGCAGGCGCAAAGAAACAAAAUUACGGGUCUGCGCCAUCAGCACCACCGUAUGCCCCUCAAGUACCUCAAUACUCAGCACCGCCUGCUCCAUCUCCAUAUUCAUCACCACCAUACUCUGGACCAUCUAUGUACCCACAAGUACAAUACUCUCAGCCGCAAUCGGCUUACCCACCAGCUUCAGCUUAUCCUCCUCAGCCAUCUGCGUAUCCUCCUCCUCCCUCAACUGCUUACCCUCCCGGUCCUUCAGCUUACCCUCCCGGUCCUUCGGCGUACCCUCCAGGUCCUUCGGCUUACCCUCCUCCUCCAUACCCUCCUCAACCAUCAGCUUAUUACCCGCAAGGUCCAUAUCCAGGACAAUACCCACCCCCUCCGUACUAAAGCUCCGGCAUUUAGAAUUUGACGAGAAGAUGCUAAUACUAUGAUGCUAUUCCUAGAACUUGAUGACGAUUUUUUUUUUGUUCUUUCUUUUAUCUUCUGUGUGAUCUUGUUAUAGGUUAGUUUUAUGCGAUGGUCAGUGAGACUCAUUAGGAAGUUUGGAUAUGUUCAAACAUCAAGCCAGCUUGCAGAUUAUGUUGCAGAAAAAUCUAAUUAUAACCUUAAAAGGACAUAUUGUGGUGUGUGUAGUUACAAUUUCUUAAGAGCUGGUUUAUGUUCUGUC